AUGGUCAGGGGUUUGGACCGAGGCCCCUCCCCGCCCACACACGCGGUCAGCUUCCGAGGGGCCGGAUGUGCCCCUGGUUGCAGGCCCGCCAUGUUCCGGUCGUCGGUGUUCGGGUGGACGGAGCGGUGCCCUGCGGGCAGCCGGUGGCCCCGGCCGGACCUGGUGGCCGACACGCUGACCCUGGAGCUGAGCUGGCAGCUGAAGCGGGCCGAGCGGCUGUGGCGGGGCCGCCAGGCCGAGUGCCGGAGACUGCGGGCAGGGGCCGACUACUCCUGGCUCCGCGCACCGCCUCGGUGCGACUACCAGCUGCCGCCCGCCGAGCAGCUGGAGCUGAGGGAGCUCAGCUCAAGGAUCAAACCGUCCCAGUGCGGGCCGGUCAUCCUCAGUUUUCGGAAGCUGGUCCGUGAGUUUGACCCCGAGGUGCAGGAGGUUCCGCGGCUGUUCCGCUCGACUGUCCUGGAGUUCAUCGAGCGGGACGAGGAGGAGACGUCGCAGCGAUGGGUCCCGCAGCAGCUGGGGAGGAAGUGGGAGCAAGGCCGCUCCCUCAUCACUCUGCGGUCCCGGCUCAGGAUUCACCCCUUCUGCCAGGAAGCGCCCGGCCCGGGGCAGGUCACCGCCCGCCGGGCAAGGAGCAUGCCUGAGUUUGAUCUCCGAGAAGAGGACUGA